GGCGCCCGCGGCGGCCUCCGCCGAGCGCGCGCCGCCGGGGCAGACCCGGCAGCUGCAGCCCGCGUCGCCGCCGCCGCGCCAGAUGUCGUCGCCGACCAUCGACGCGCCGACCAAUGACGCGUCCGCUCUGGAGCGGCCCGCGAGCGCCAAGGACCAGGCCUCCGGGAGCCCUGCCGCCGAGCUUGCGAGCAGCCUCUCGUUCAAGGAGCGCAUCUGCGACCGGCUUCGGUCGCUCUGCCGCGGCCACGAGGAGGCCGCGGUGCUCGCGGACUACGUGGCGACGCUGGCGGAGGCGAGGAGGAACUGGGAGGAGGAAUUGGCCGUGGAGCUGAAGAAGGUCUUUAAGACCACAGUGCAGGCGCAGGCGUUCAUCAGUUGGGUGCGCGCUCUCAAGGCGACGAACACGCCGAAGGCGGCCGAGGGCGGCGCCUCCAGGGAGGCGGACGGGGACGCGCUCGCGAGGUCCCCGCAGCUCGCGCAGCUGCCGGCGUCGGCCCCGAAGCCGCGGGAGGCCGCGAGGCUUCCGGGCACGAACAAGAACGAGCUCCUGAAGAGCAUGACGCAGCAGCUGCAGCUCAUCCUCACGAAGCUGAACGACAAGAGCAUCACGGACGAUACGAAGGAGAAGUACCAAACGCUGGCCCACAGCAUCAAGACGCAGAUGGCUAAGAUCACGACUCAGCCUCAGG